UCAUGUCUGGAGAAAAAUCCAAGUCUGCUUCCCAGACUGAUGGGAAGGCUCAGAACAAGAUGUCUGAGAUGGGCAUGAUGUCCUACAAGAUGUGUGUGUAUGACCAGGAGAACUUCCAGGGUCGCUGUAUUGAGAUCAAUGGCGAGUGUAUGAAUGUGUGUGACAUGGGAAUGGACAGGGUACGGUCCCUGCGUGUUGACUGUGGACCCUUUGUGGGCUUUGAGCAGAUGAACUUCUGUGGUGAGACGUUCAUCCUGGAGAAGGGCGAGUACCCCCGCUGGGACUCCUGGAGCAACUGCCAGAAGAACGACUACCUGCUAUCCUUCAGGCCCGUCCGCAUGGACCCUGAGAAGCACAAGAUCUGCUUGUAUGAGGUCGGAGAGUUCAAGGGUCGUAAGAUGGAGAUUAUGGACGACGAUGUCCCCAGCCUGUUUUCCUACGGUUUCACCGAUAGAGUGGGCAGCAUCAUGGUCAGCUGUGGAACUUGGGUUGGUUACCAGUUCCCCGGCUAUCGUGGCAGCCAGUACCUGCUUGAGAAGGGCGAAUACAGGCAUUUCAAUGAGUUUGGAGCUCGCUGCCCCCAGAUGCAGUCCAUUAGGCGUAUCCGUGACAUGCAGUGGCACCCACACGGCUGCUACACCAUGUCCUCCAAGUGAAACCCAGCAAGGGCGAGGAAGAGAGGGAUCGGAGGAGAGAUGGAGGCGGAGGGCGGGCACAGAGAUGGAGGUGGAGGAGGGAGGGCAAAAAAAGAGAGGAGGAGGGAGAACGUGUAAUAUUUUCUCCUCUGUCCCAAAGUCUCUUCAAUACAGUAGGUUGUUAUUUUUAGUUGUUGGAACAUUGUAAUCUGGCGACCAAUAUGAAGUUAUUCAAAGGUAAAGAGGAGAUAAUUGCACAGACCAUCAAGGCUAUAUCUAAUAAUAAACAAAUUUUGUUCUCUCUCUCGCACUGUCUCUGUCUGUCAGCUCCCUUCUCCCCUCUUUCCUCUCUCUCUCCUCCCCUCCCUCCCUCUCUCCCCCUCAAACUUCUCUUCCACAUCACACCAACGUCAGCCCUCACUCAGCCCAUUAGAGGCUGACUGACCAGGGUACCAGUGUGGAUUUGUGUGUGUUUGUGUGUUGGAGGAACUGAGACAGAAAAAAAGCCAGAAGAAGAGAAGUGUUGGUGAAUUCUCUGUGCUCAGAUCCUGCAGCCACAUCAGCCCUAAACAACAAUAA